AUGAUAUAAGAUAAUUCUAAAUAUAUUUUUACGCGAGUACGUAGUUGGAACGAAUUGUUAGUUGUAUGUGUAUCGUCUCGUCUAAUACUUAACCUUAAUAAUUAUUUCGUUCGAAUUAAGUUAGGUUAUGUAGUGAAUAUUGAGAGAUUCGUGAAAGAUACCAUGGAAAAUCAAAACGGCACGGCUGUUAAAAGCAAUAAUCCUGCUCCGACGGUUGAGCAGAUAAAUGCUGAUCGAAUAACUCAGCUUGCAAACAAGUACUGGGCACCGCAUACGACGGACUCGCAUCUUCCUUUCAAUCCUCAAAUAGUAGAAGACAUUUAUGUUCAAGAAAUAUGUGCAUCAAAAUUUUCUAUUCGAAGAAUCAUGAUGUUAGAAUUCAGUCAAUAUCUAGAGAACUUUUUAUGGCCUAACUAUAGUGCAACAAAUGCAACUCGUGCUCACACUAUGUCCAUUGUUGUUAUGGUCAAUGAGAAGUUUCGUGAACGUGUUCAAGUUUGGGAAGCAUUUGAGAAGAGCCCCGAACACUUUCCUGAAUUCUUUCAAAAAGUUCUGGAAGCUUGCCUGGAAGCUGGUAUAAUGGAUUUCGACUUGAAAGAGCAGACAGCACUGAUUGUAUUUUUGAAUCAUUGUUUCAAUUCUAUGGAGGUGUUGUUGGUUAGAGAAGAAGUGAAGAGAUUAGUUUCACUGUCUAUGUGGAUUUCGCUGCAACAAGGACGUAGGGAAUCGGAAUUUAGAAAAUAUCCAAAGUGGCGGAAGUAUUGGAAAAUUUUAAGAAAGAAAGACAGUCCAGAUCUAAAGGAGAAACUGGAAUGGGAAAGAAAGUUCCUACACAAGUUAAUGAUCAAGUUUAUGACAAUUUUGGAAACAAUUUUGGAAGAAGGACCACUUUUGCCUGACAAAGUACGAUACUGUGAAAGAUUCCUUGAAUUGGUAAUAGAUCUAGAAGCUCUGUUACCAACUAGACGUUUCUUCAACACUGUUAUGGAUGAUUGUCAUCUGGUUGUACGAUGUCAGUUAUCUAAUUUGUUACACCGUUCUGAAGGUGGAUUAUUUGGACAGCUACUGGAGAUGCUGAAGUUCUACGCGAGGUUCGAGAUUAACGAGGAAACCGGCGAUCCACUCACGGAUCACGAUAUGACGCAGUUGCAUUACACAAAGAUCACUUCUCUGCAGAAAGCGGUCUUCGCAAAGUUCCCGGAUCUGAGAAGUUUCGCUCUGACGAACGUGGCGAGCGUCGACACCAGGGAUGCCCUUUACAAACACUUUGGCCCACUGAGUCAAGAAAAAUUAAGAUCGAUCGCAAGUUAUUUGAACCUGGUACCAUCAGAGUACGAGAAAGAAGAAAAUUGGUACCGAUAUGACAUUGACUUCCUUCAAGAGCUUCUGAUCUCUCGCCAUGAACGCAGAGCCUCCCAACUGGAAGAACUAAACGAGAUGCCUUUGUAUCCCACAGAAGAAAUCAUUUGGAACGAAAGUAUAGUCCCGACGGAAUACUUCUCUGGAGAAGGAUGUCUGGCUCUGCCGAAACUAAAUUUACAGUUCCUCACUUUACACGAUUAUCUGUUGCGGAAUUUCAAUUUGUUCCGCUUGGAGUCAACUUAUGAGAUACGGCAGGACAUCGAGGACGCCGUAAGCAGAUUAAGUCCUUGGCGAGCCGAGGAUGGCGGUGUAUAUUUUGGAGGCUGGGCCAGAAUGGCACAACCAAUCACUCAGUUCGCUGUGGUCGAAGUAGCGAAGCCGAAUAUCGGCGAAAAAAGACCGUCAAGGGUACGUGCUGACGUCACGAUAAACCUGAGUGUCCGGAAAGAAAUAAAAUCUGAAUGGGAGAACCUUCGGAAGCACGAUGUCUGUUUUCUGAUCACUGUUAAACCGCAGAACCCAAUUGGUACGAAAUAUAGUCACAAAUUACCAUUUGUUCCACAAGUUGGUCUGACCACCGUCAGAGGAUGCGAGGUUGAAGGUAUGCUAGACUCGAACGGCAGAGUGAUCGAGGAUGGGCCUGAACCACGGCCUAUUUUACCCGGUGAUACUAGAACGUAUCGUGUCUGGCUGGAUUCUAAUCAGUAUCGAAUCGACAUGGACAACGCUAGUCACGGUGGCGAGGAUGUGUACGAAGGGUUUAAUAUUAUAAUGAGGCGUAAGCCAAAAGAGAAUAACUUUAAGGCAGUCCUCGAAACUAUAAGAGAGCUUAUGAAUACAGAGUGCGUUGUUCCCGAUUGGCUUCACGAUAUAAUUCUUGGAUACGGUGAUCCUGGCGCGGCUCGUUACUCCAGAAUGCCAAAUGAAAUUGCAACGAUGGAUUUCAACGACACAUUUCUUGAUAUAGAUCAUUUGCGAGCCAGUUUUCCUAACUACGAAAUCAAGCUUUCCACCGACGAUGAAAAGAAGCUGGUUAGACCAUUUCGUUUAACGUUUCAAGAUGUCCUUGCUAAACAGAGUAGCGAACCAAUAAAACGGACCAUCUUAGUUGAGCCCCAUGUACCGCCUAGCCGGGGCCCUUACAAGGCUAACGAACCUAAAAAAAAUCAAAUCCCGUUCACACCAACGCAAGUCGAGGCCAUCAGAGCUGGUAUGCAACCAGGAUUGACGCUUGUCGUGGGUCCUCCUGGUACUGGUAAAACGGACGUCGCUGUGCAGAUUAUUUCGAAUCUUUAUCAUAACUUUCCCAAUCAGAGAACGCUUAUAGUUACACAUUCCAAUCAAGCGUUGAAUCAACUUUUUGAAAAGAUCAUGGCACUCGAUAUCGAUGAGAGGCAUCUGCUCCGUCUUGGUCACGGAGAGGAAGCAUUAGAAACGGAAAAAGAUUUCAGCAGAUACGGCAGAGUCAACUAUGUCUUGGCUAAACGCUUGGAUCUCCUAAUGGAAGUUCAGAGGCUACAGGAAUCUUUGAAUGUGAAAGGUGACGUAGCAUACACUUGCGAAACAGCGGGACACUUUUUCAUGUAUCAAAUUUUGGCAAGAUGGGAACGCUUUGAAUCCAGAAUCAAGCAAAGGCAAGGAACAGGGAACAGUUCACCCCCUGUCCACAUAAUCGACGAAGAGUUUCCGUUCCAUAAAUUUUUCGAUAAUGCACCGCAACCGUUAUUUAAGCGUAAUACAUUUCCGGAGGAUCUAGAAAUCGCACGCAGUUGUUUCAGGUAUAUAGAAAGAAUCUUUGCACAAUUAGAGGAAUUUAGAGCUUUCGAAUUGCUGCGAUCUGGUUUAGAUAGAUCGAAAUAUUUAUUGGUCAAAGAAGCAAAAGUGAUUGCUAUGACCUGUACACAUGCUGCUUUAAAGAGACGCGAGCUAGUCGACAUGGGCUUUAAAUAUGACAAUAUUCUCAUGGAAGAAUCUGCACAAAUCUUAGAAAUAGAAACCUUCAUACCGUUGUUACUGCAGAAUCCACAAGAUGGAUACAAUCGAUUGAAACGUUGGAUAAUGAUCGGAGAUCACCAUCAGUUACCUCCAGUCAUAAAAAACAUGGCUUUUCAGAAAUAUUCCAACAUGGAACAGUCUCUUUUCGCAAGGUUUGUUAGGUUGGGUGUGCCCACGGUUGACCUCGACGGCCAAGGUCGUGCAAGGCCUAGUAUUUGUAACCUCUACAACUGGCGAUACAAAAAGCUGGGCAAUCUCACCCACGUGGAAAACAGUCCAGAGUAUUUGGUGGCAAAUGCUGGAUUCUUGUACGACUUUCAACUCAUCAACGUCGAGGACUUUAACGGUGUCGGCGAAAGCGAGCCCAGUGCGUACUUUUAUCAAAAUCUUGCCGAGGCUGAAUACUGCGUCGCUGUGUUUAUGUACAUGCGACUCCUUGGUUAUCCAGCCGAUAAGAUUAGUAUAUUGACCACUUAUAAUGGGCAGAAACACUUGAUAAGAGAUGUGAUAAAUAUAAGAUGUGCCAGUAAUCCCUUAAUAGGUCGGCCAAAUAAAGUAACGACGGUUGACAAAUAUCAGGGUCAGCAGAACGAUUACAUCUUACUGUCUCUUGUAAAAACUCGUGCUGUCGGUCACCUGCGUGAUGCGCGUCGUUUAGUGGUAGCAAUGUCAAGAGCACGUCUUGGUCUUUAUGUUUUCGCAAGAGUAGCUCUUUUCAAGAAUUGUUUCGAAUUAACGCCCGCAUUCGAUCAACUGAUGCAAAAACCAUUGAAACUGCAACUUCUGCCGCAAGAACAUUAUCCCACCGAAAGGCUCAACGAUGCUAUUCCGUCUAACCCCCCAAUGGAAAUCGAAGACAUGCCUCACAUGGCAAAAUUCGUCUACGAUUAUUACAUGGAGAAGGUCAGCGGUAUGAAGGAAUCACAAAAAAUGUGGCAAAAGCCGGGAACAAUGCGAACAUCCGGUAGUCCAACCCACAAAGUUCCUGCUCAUCCUGGAGCAGAUGACGAUACAGACGACGAAGAACUUAAUCAAAUGGACAGUGAGCAGCAAGAUGUCAAGGAUGAUGUCAAAGAAGACGGCAAACAAGACGCUAAGCAGGAUGCCAACCACGAUGCUAAACAAAAUGAUAAGCAAAAUGCUAAGCACGAUGAUAAGCACGAUGCUAAGCACGAUGAACCGAAAUUUGAGCUGAUCAAAAAUUUAGUCGAUGAGCCAGUUUCAGAAUCUGAAAAUACUGAUCGUUAAGGAUUAACUAAAUGUACAGAGGCGAAAUCAUU